AUGGAAGGGGCCUUCACCCAUGUAGGCAACCAUCUCAUCUCCGACUCGGCCGCCGCCAUCAACGCCGGAGCCGAUGACCUGUCGGCCCUCGACCCCGACGAGAGCUUGCUGUACGGCAACUCGGACGCCGCCGGCCGCCGACGCCGCGCAAACGACGAUGACAACCAGACCGACGCCUUCGACGACGACGACAAUGAUAGUCUCAGCAGCGUCCCCGUCGACGGCAUGAUGGGCAUGCGGCUGCGCGAGGCCGACGAGAAGAAACACCUGCCCGCCCACGCUUGCGCUUACUGCGGCAUCCACUCGCCGGCCUGCGUCGUCAAGUGCCUCACGUGCAACAAGUGGUUCUGCAGCGCCCGCGGCAACGGCACCUCGACCCACAUCGUCAACCACCUCGUCCGCGCGAGGCACAAGGAGGUGCAGCUUCACCCCGAGUCGGCCCUCGGCGACACCGUCCUUGAGUGCUACAACUGCGGCACCAAGAAUGCCUUCCUUCUCGGCUUCAUCCCCGCCAAGUCCGACACCGUCGUCGUCCUGCUCUGCCGUCAGCCGUGUGCCGCCAACACGUCCAACAAGGACAUGAACUGGGACAUUUCGCGGUGGGAGCCGCUCAUCGAGGAGCGAGCCUUCCUGCCCUGGCUCGUGAGCCCGCCGUCCGACGCCGAGCAGCUUCGCGCCCGCCACCUGUCCCCCAACACCAUGGCCAAGAUCGAGGAGAUGUGGAAGGUCAACGUCAACGCGACCCUCGUCGACCUCGAGAAGGCGGCCAACAUCGACGACGACCCCGAUCCCGUCCUCCUCCACUACGAGGACCCUUACCACUACCAGAACAUCUUCGGACCGCUUGUCAAGAUGGAAUCCGACUACGACAAGAAGCUCAAGGAGGCCCAGUCGGAGGAUGCGCUCGUCGUCCGCUGGGACUACGGCCUGAACAACAAGCACCUCGUGAGCUUCAACCUGCAAAAGAUCGAGUCGGGCGACGUCAAGCUCGCCGUGGGCGACGAGAUGCGCCUCCGAUACAACGGCGAGCUCCGCGACCCCUGGGAAGGCGUCGGCUACGUCAUCAAGAUCCCCAACAGCCAGUCGGACGAGGUCUGCCUCGAGCUGCGCAAGACGGGCAACGAAAAGCUCGUGCCGACGGAUCUCUCGCACAACUUCUCCGCCGACUACGUCUGGAAGGCCACCUCGUACGACCGCAUGCAGCUCGCCAUGAAGAACUUUGCCAUCGACGACAUGAGCGUCUCGGGCUACAUCUUCCACGUCCUGCUCGGCCACGAGGUGCAGCUGCAGCCCAUGAAGGCGAGCCAGCCUAAGAAGUGGUCCGCCCCGGGCCUCCCGGACCUCAACCAGAGCCAGGUGGACGCCAUCAAGUCGGUGCUGCAGAAUCCCAUCAGCCUCAUCCAGGGUCCGCCCGGCACGGGCAAGACGGUGACGUCGGCCACCAUCAUCUACCACCUCGCCCGCACCACGGGCAACCAGGUGCUCGUCUGCGCGCCCUCCAACGUCGCCGUCGACCAGCUCUGCGAGCGCAUCCACCGCACCGGCCUCAAGGUCGUCCGCCUGACGGCCAAGUCGCGCGAGGACGUCGAGUCGUCGGUCAGCUUCCUCGCCCUGCACGAACAGGUGCGCAUGGCCGAGCACAACACGGAGCUCGUCAAGCUGUCGCAGCUCAAGAACGACGUCGGCGAGCUCUCGAGCCAGGACGAGAAGAAGUUCAAGCAACUCACCAAGCUCGCCGAGCGCGAGAUCCUCCAGAACGCCGACGUCGUCUGCUGCACCUGCGUCGGCGCCGGCGAUCCUCGCCUCUCCAAGAUGAAGUUUCGCAACGUCCUCAUCGACGAAUCCACCCAGUCGGCCGAGCCCGAGUGCCUCAUCCCCCUCGUGCUCGGGUGCAAGCAGGUCGUCCUCGUCGGCGACCACAAGCAGCUCGGCCCCGUCAUCAUGAACAAGAAGGCGGCCAAGGCCGGCCUCAACCAGUCGCUCUUCGAGCGCCUCAUCAACCUCGAGCUGUCGCCCAUCCGCCUCAACACGCAGUACCGCAUGCACCCCUGCCUGUCCGAGUUCCCCUCCAACAUGUUCUACGACGGCGCGCUGCAGAACGGCAUCACGCACGAGCAGCGCAUCCGCAAGGACGUCGACUUCCCCUGGCCCGUGGCCGAGAUGCCCAUGAUGUUCUGGUCGAACCUCGGCCACGAGGAGAUCUCGACGUCCGGGACGUCGUACCUCAACCGGACCGAGGCCUCGAACGUCGAGAAGACGGUGACGCGCUUCUUCAAGGCCGGCGUCAAGCCCGGCGAGAUUGGCGUCAUCACGCCGUACGAGGGGCAGCGGAGCUACAUCGUCUCGACCAUGCAGAACUCGGGCCACUACAAGAAGGAGCUCUACAAGGAGGUCGAGGUGGCCUCGGUCGACGCCUUCCAGGGCCGCGAGAAGGAUUUCAUCGUCCUCUCGUGCGUCCGGUCCAACGAGAACCAGGGCAUCGGCUUCCUGUCGGACCCGCGCCGGCUCAACGUGGCGCUCACGCGCGCCAAGUACGGCCUCGUCAUCCUCGGCAACCCCAAGGUGCUGUCCAAGCACGAGCUCUGGCACAGCCUGCUCGUCCACUUCAAGGACCGCAAGUGCUUCGUCGAGGGGCCCCUGACGAACCUGCAGACGUGCCUGCUGCAGUUCGGCCGGCCCAGGGUCAGCUACCGGCAGAAGAACAACAGCUACCAGCAGCAGUCGCAGCAGCCGUCGACCGGCUUCCCGAACGGGCGCCACAACGGAGGAGCCCCCGGCCGCGACUUUGACGCCGGCUCGAUGAUGUCCUACAUCCCCGACGACGUCUCCUCCGUCCAGGGAUCCGCCUUUGGCGGCGGCGCCGCCCUCCACUCGGCCUUUCCCCCCAUGUUCUCGAGCUUCCAGGCCGAGCAGUGGCCGGGCCUCCCCGGCGUGCCGGCGCCCGGCCGCGGCGGCAAGGCGCGCGGUCGCGCCGCCGAGAGCGUCGCGGGCGAGAGCGUCGCCAACUCGGAGCUCACCGACGCCACCUCGAGCGUCCUCGGCGGCAAGGGCGUCGGCCAAGGCGGCGUGAGCCUCGGCGCCGGCCUCCACGACGUCGUGACGGGCAUGCGGCCGGUGACGUACACGCAGAGCGAUCGGCUCAAGAAGUACGUCGAGAGCAACGGGCGCAUGACGCAGGCCGGCGGCUACGGUCGCCGGUACGACGACGACGAGAAGAGCGUCAGCACGGCCUUUCACAGCCAGGUCGGCGGAGGCUACGACUGA